AUGGCUCUCGAGCGAGUUGAAUCGAUUGCACAGCAUCUGCUGAGACCUAACAGAGCCUUGAAUGCGAUCCAAUUCAAGCAUCCUGACGACAUUGUCAUCACCCUAGCUACACGGACACCCCUGACUAAAGCAAAGAAGGGUGGCUUGAAGGACACAAGUCUCGAGUACAUCACGUACGCCGUUCUCAAAGAGGUCAGGGAGAGAUCGAAGCUCCAGCUUGCACUAGUCGGUGAUAUACGCCUGGGAAAUGUCUCUGACAGCAAAGCGGCUUUUAAGGUCCGAUCAGCUGCCCUUGCUGCCGGCUUUCCCAGCACAACUACCGCCUCUUCCGUGAACCGUUUCUGUUCCUCGGGUCUUGAAGCUAUCAGUGACAUAUCCAAAGCAAUUUUUGAGGGGUCGAUUACCAUCGGCAUCGCUUUAGGGGCCGAGAGUAUGACGACUAGCAGUGAGAAAAUAGAAGAGCCCUUUGAUGAGGCUGUCACUUCUCUGAGCCAAGAAGCAUUUGACUGCACGCGGCCUAUGGGGUGGACGAGUGAGAAUGUGAAUACUGAUUUUGGCAUUUCUCGCGAAGAGAGGGAAUGUUUCGCUGCAGAGAGCUUCGACAAGGCUGAAGCGGCGCAGGACGCUGGCUGGUUUGAUGAUGAGAUUGUACCUAUCAAGACUAAGCUUAAGCGGCUAGAUGGAGCGGCAAUGGAGGUGACCCUGACGAAAUAA